UUCAGUAAAACUAAACAAUAAUAAACACCUAGUUCUGUCGCCAGAAAAUUGACAAAUUGAAAGUGUUAAAAAUACACGUUCAUAUUCAAGCUUAAGCCUCGUCCCGGAUCUUAGUUUCGGUUUUGAUUUCGUUUUCAUUAUAAAUUCGGCUUGUUUUUCGUCUUCAACAAAUGUAAUUUUGCUCAAAACGUAAGAGAUGGGUCCGAAGAAGAAGGGAAAAAGUGGAAAAGGAAAAGGAAGUGGUCAUUCGAAGCAGCAAUCUCAACCGGCUGUAUCGCCCGGUAUUGAGGAGCCAGCUGCGACAGUAUCAAGACAAGAUGAAAGACCUACAACAAGUAAACCUGCAGCCAGAGCAGUACCUGGUGAAAGUGUUGCAGAACCACCUGCACCGAAAGGUGCUGAAAGGGUUAGCUUGGUGGAAAAACUACCAAUUCCCAGUGAGAGUGGACAGCCAUCGUCAAUGGCUCUUGCUACGGUAGCACAAUCGGAAACUACAAUGGAAUAUCUAUCAAGCGCUAUGAAAAGACUGGGUCUGGAAGUGACUUUCAGUGGUUCCAUGCAUAAUAGAUUCGCUAAACGACCAGGAAUUGGAGUUAAAGGUAGAAAGAUCAAUUUAAUAGCAAACUACUUUCCUAUAGAUAUACCAGAUGGAGAGAUAUACCAUUAUGACGUAGAUAUUCAAAAGCUUAUACCUGUAAGUGAUGCGGGUGAAAAACUGCCCAAACAUAAAAAGUAUAAAUGCCUGAAUACAAAACAAAACAGAAAUAUUGUAGAAGCAAUGAUUAAGCAGGUGCCAAUGUUUAAGAAUAUUCGGCCGGCAUUUGACGGAGAGAAAAAUUUCUAUACACGAAACUUGUUACCAUUUAAAGACCAAAAAGUGAUGACUGUGAAGGUUGCAGACGAAUUUAAUCCUGAUAAAGAUAUAAAUUACGAAAUAAAAAUACAACCUGUGAAUAGAAAAGAUACAAUGAGAAGAUCAGCAGAUAAUUCGAUUAAUUUAGAACCAUUACAUCAGUUGUUAGCUGGUAGAUGCAGUGAUAUAACGGAAGGUAUCAUUUUGGGAAUCAUGGCCAUAGAAACCGUACUAAGACACGGUCCUGCCUUACGAUUGGUGCCAGUAGGAAGAUCAUUCUUCACCAAACCACGUAUGGAGGAAGUUCCUCCGUUGAGUGAAGGAAGAGAAAUUUGGUUUGGUCAUCAUCAAAGUAUGCAGCUGACAAAAUGGAAGCCUAUGCUUAACAUAGAUAAAUCAGCUACGACAUUUUAUAAAGGUUGUUCCGUUAUCCAGUUUAUGUUCGAAGUAUUAAAUCUGGAUACUGAAAAUAUUGAAUCGUCUUUAAGACAGUUUAGAGGUCUGACCGAUGCCCAAAGGCGGACAGUAGCCAAAGAAAUAAAGACUUUGAAAGUUGAAGUAACCCAUUUGCCUUAUCCUCGAAAGUACAGAGUUCGAGAUAUAACAAGAGAAAGUGCAAAUAAUACAUUUUUUACGAGAAGAAUUAAUGACAAAGAUGUUAAGUGUUCCGUAUCUGAAUACUUUCGUACUGAAUAUAGAGCAUUAAGAAAUCCCAACUUACCUUGUUUAAAUGUGGGAAGUGAUAACAGAGCUGUUUAUUUACCAAUGGAAGUGUGCAAUAUCGUUGAAGGUCAACACUGCAGAAAGAAAUUAAAUGAAAAACAAACUGCUGAUAUGAUUCGCUACACGGCUCGUCCUCCUGCUGACAGAUUCAAUGAUAUAAGACAAUCAGUCAAUGCUUUGAUGCGAGAUUUCGAACCAUUCGCAAGAGAAUUUGGCGUUCGUGUAAGUCCCAACCCCGUGAAGUUUACGGGAAGAAUGUUGGAUCCUCCCCAAAUAACUUAUCAACAAGAGCAGAACAUCAGACCUCUCAACGGUAGCUGGGAUAUGAAAGGCAAGAGAUUUUAUACAGGAGUAACAAUUGAAAAAUGGGUGUUGCUGAGUUUCUCAAUGGCUCGAUUCUGCGACGAGAAUGCUCUGGACAACUUUGUGAAAAUGCUAUGUAAUGGUGGAAGAAGUGUAGGAGUACAAUUUGCACAACCUCUCCUUAUUAAGCGCUUCACACGUCGCGAUGGAAGACCUUCAGGUAUACUUAGACAAGCAAAGAAUAUUUAUCCAGAUUUGCAAUUAGCCAUAAUCGUGCUGCCAUCAGAAAGCAUCUAUUCAGAAGUUAAAACAGUUGCAGAAACAGAACUAGGACUUAUGACCCAAUGUAUAAAAGAUAUAAAUGCCACGGGAAGAAAAUGCAACCCACAACUAAUUUGUAAUUUAUGUCAAAAAAUUAAUGCCAAAAUGGGUGGAGUUAACAAUUCUCUGUCGCUUGCAGACAAGCCUGCAAUUUUGAAGAGACCUGUGAUUAUUGUAGGUGUCGACUGUACUCAUCCAGCUCCUGGUGACAAAAUAGGAUAUUCGAUAGCAGCAGUGGUGGGUAGCCUCGAUUCAUAUCCGAGCAAAUUCAAGGCCUCCGUUCGUGUUCAGCAUAAGAAACAGAAAGUAGAUCAGACAACAUUUGGACAGGAUAUAGUGAUCGAUCUGAAGGACAUGAUGAAAGAAAUUUUGCGUGAAUUUUACAAUCGAACGAAAGGAAAGAGACCGGAAAAAAUCAUAUUUUUUAGAGACGGUCUUAGCGAAGGAGAAUACAAAAAAGUUUUGGACUAUGAACUGAUUGAAAUUCGAAAAGCCUGUGAAGAAAUGGCUCGAGGGGAGAGAUACGAACCUCCAAUUACAUUUAUUGUAACUGGAAAACGUCAUCAUACACGUUUCGUUCCUGCAGAUCGAAAAGACGGUGUGGGAAGACCAGGAAACAUCCCACCCGGUACUACAGUGGAUACAGACGUAGUGCAUCCCGUUUUCUACGAUUUCUUUUUAUGCAGCCAUAUGGGGAUUCAAGGUACAAGCAGACCUGCCCACUAUACGGUUCUGUGGGACGACAAUAACUUCACAGCUGACGAGCUACAAGUGUUAACUUACUAUCUAUGCCACACUUAUGUCAGAUGUACCAGAAGUGUGUCCAUCCCGUGUCCAGUUAUGUAUGCGGACCUUGCCGCUUUUAGAGCAAAACAAUAUUUAAUAGCGAAAAUGGAAGGAACGUCAAGUUCCAGUAGUGAAGUAUCAGAACGGGAAGAAGUUAUUAUACAGGAAGGUAUUAAAGAGGCGAUUAAAGUAGUAGACAAUAUGCAAAAUCGAAUGUAUUUUGUUUAAAUUUAUACGUAAUAUUACUUACUAAUUGUUUAAAAAAAAUAGAAUUUUAAAACUAAUCACUGUACAAGGCUUGUUCAGUGCAAAUUGCCCUGUAGGAAAUCUUUACCUGUUAUGAAGUUGAUUGAAAUGUUAUAAUUGUGCCAUUAAAAUGAUUAAUUAAA